AUGGCUCUUACUGAUGAGUUAUCAAGCAGAACGCUAGCGAGGGAAGAGAACAAGAAAUCCACUGAGCCCAAGUACGUCGAAGAACUUAUAGCGGCAGUCAGGCGUCAAUCGGUCCUUUCACUAGAGCUGUUGCUACAACACAUCGAUGUUAAUGCUCGAGAUCUUCGCGAUGGACGUACUGCUAUUUCUGUGGCGGCCGAGAUCGGCAAUGUUGAGAUAACGAAGCUUCUCAUUAAGCAUAGGGCUUCUGUGAAUAUCCGCCAAUACAGUCUUAGCAAACGCUCAUUGGGCAAUACAAUCAGUGAGCGACGACCAUUGAUGGUCAGUGGUCGUCUCCCAAUAUAUUGGGCAGUAACAAAAAGAUAUAGCGCGGUCGUCAAGCUCCUACUAGAGUACGGAGCAAAUCCUAACGCCAGAACGACCGCUAGACGAUCCGUUCUCCAAGAAGCCUGCUUUAUGAAUGGCCUAGCAUCGGUUAGGGUACUUUUGGAAGCGGGUGCAGAUGUAGAUGGCAGUAAUCUGAGUAGUGGGGUGCACGAAACCGCUAAUUGGGGUCACAACGAAGUACUCCGAGUGUUAUUCGAGUUUAGCCCUUUACUUGAUGUACCCGCUGUAGGAGUGGGAGAAGCAUAUGCCCCAAUGCAUCUUUCAACCAGGAAUCGUCUUACAGAGACCACAAAACUUCUUCUCUCCAAUGGCGCAGAUCCAAACGUUCUUAUGACCGAGGACAUGACCCCGCUACACUUGGCUGCUUCUGGUGGUAUGAUCACCGAGCUUGACCUACUUCUGGAUUGGGGUGCUUCUAUCAAUGCCCAAGACGCUCGUCUUCGCGAGACUCCUUUGCACAAAGCAGCACGGAAUCUUGAGACAACUGCGAUCAAAAGAUUAUGUGAGCGAGGAGCAGAUAUGGAUAUGAAGAACAUCGAUGGCAUGACUUACCAGGAAGUUCUAGAAUGUGCGAAACGCUACCCCAACGAUUGGCAUGUAGAGCCUAAAUUGGGAUCGUUUUGUUCCUUUUUCUGA